AUGUCAAAGAUUCAUAACGCUUUCACCGUCCUGAUGGACAUACCUACUCCUAUAGUAGCCGCCCCUAUGGCAGGGGCUAGUGGGGGCGCAUUAGCGGCCCAGGCAUCCGCUGCCGGAGCAUUUGGAUUUAUCGGUGCAGGAUAUUUGACGUCUUCUCGCAUUCAGGAGGAGCUAUCAUUAGCUCGCACGCAACUUCUCCUAUCCGACACAGAUCCCCUCUCAAUCGGUGUGGGUUAUCUGGCUUGGCAACUGGAGAAAGAUCCCUCCUCUGGCGCUGGAUUGCUUAACGUUUCCCUUUCUAACAGAGUUCAGGCCAUCUGGCUGGCGUUCGGGAACAAUAUAGAUCGAUGGAUCGACCAUAUUCGCUCUUAUGAUGCGAGUUCCGGACGGGAGAAGAAAACUCUAAUUUUUGUACAAGUUUCCUCAGCGAAAGAGGCUCUCAUUGCCAUCCAGGACUGGAAAGUUGACGUCUUAGUAGCUCAAGGGUCUGAAUCUGGCGGGCAUGGGUAUAGCGCCGCUCCACCGCUUCUCACGCUGGUGCCCUCUAUCUUGGCAGUGCUGCCCAAAGACGGCCCGCCCCUUCUCGCAGCCGGCGGAUUGUCAACCGGCGGUCACGUUGCGUCUCUUCUUGCACUCGGAGUCUCUGGCGUGGUGCUUGGCACCAGAUUUCUGAUGACGAAAGAGAGCUUCUAUAAUGAGGCGCAAAAAAAUGUGCUUGUUAUGGCCAGUGGCAAUGCCACAGUGCGCACGACGGCAUUUGACCGUGCUAGAGGAACUCUGGAUUGGCCGGAAGGCGUCGACGGUCGUGCCAUUUAUAACAAGACAGUGAAAGAUGUAGAUGAUGGUGUCGACAUCGAAAUUGUUCGAGAGAAUUUCAACAGGGCAAUACAGGAUAGGGAUCCUGAUCGAAUGUUGGUUUGGGCAGGUAGUGGAGUUGAGUUGGUCACAGAAAUUCAGACUACCCAGGAUGUUGUUCGGGAACUCCACGCAGAUAUGAUGGAACAUUUAAGUUUUGUAUCAACACUUAUUGCCACCUAGUGGCAAAUCCGUUGGUUUCCGUGAACUCAGGACCAUUUGUCUUUCCAAUUCGGACGGGCUGUUUCGCUUGCUGCAUGUCCCUGCGUAGUGUUAACAUUUGGAAAGAUAACUGUCAGGAACAC